GUCCCACAAACAAACAACGGUACGAUCAAGAUGGGCGAUAUGUCUCAUGCUGCCCUCGGUGAACCACCAAAUAAUGCUCCUUCAAUUACAAGCGCGACCGGUCAAAAUGGACACAGGAGUUUAAAAACAGAAGGGCAAGUAAACCAUUUAGAUUCAGAUACCAUGGUGAUAUUGACUGUUAAAAAAACACUUGCUGUUUUUUCGGAUACCGAAGUCGGGAUAGAAAAUGGCGGAAUGUCUCACGUUGACGGUGACCUUGAACUUGGGUCUCGCGGCCCAAGUCUUGAAAUAACGCAUAUUGCCCGUGCUAAUGUCGACGUCGUCAGACAGGGUGAACCACCUGCUGAAUCUGUGGAUGUAGCGGACGACAAUGUCGUCACUAUGAGAAAGAGAGGCGGAGUCCCGAAUGGGGCCACACCAGCUGAUGACGUAAACAGACGUCGGGAACAAGAUCAGUACUUGAAGAUCCGAGAAGAUGACGAUGAGGAAGAGCCGUUGUCGAUUUUACGCAAGAUCUGCUUCGCCGUUGGUGGCGCCCCAUACCAGAUCUGCUCCACCAUCAUCGGCUUCUACCUCAAUAUCUUCCUCUUGGAAGUCGCACAGAUCCCGCCCAAGUACAUUUCCAUCGUCCUGUUCGGAGGCAAGGCCUGGGACGCCAUCACUGACCCCAUGUGCGGCUAUCUGGUCAACAGAACCGAGACCCGAUUCGGGAAGAUGCGACCAUGGAUCAUUCUGUCUGCCCCUUUCGCCUGUGUCAGCUACUUCUUCCUGUGGUACGUACCGGAUCUGUCAGAUGAGGGCAAGCUGGCUUACUACUUCGUUAUGUUCUGCGCCUUUGAAGGCCUGCUCUCGGGUCUGCACGUGCCUUACACCGCCCUCACUAUGUACAUCAGCAACAAACAGAAGGAGAGGGACUCCGCCACGGCCUACCGAAUGGUGUUGGAGGCAAUUGGAGUUCUCAUUGGUGCCAUCGUUCAAGGCAUCCUGAUAGAGAAGUACCGUACAGUGGGUAAAUGCAAGGAGCCUGACGCCACCUCGUCCCCAACUGAACUCGACAACCAGAAAUGGUCAUACAUGGUUGGGUCCGGCUUCGUCGUCGCCAUCUACUUCGUCUGCGCCUGCAUUGUCUUCGUCGGUGUCAAGGAGAAGAAGAAAGGUGUGGCUGACGGGAACGACCAUGUCGGCUUCUUCCGGGGUCUGAAGCUGGUCUUCAGUUAUGGCCCCUAUGUCAAGGCCGCGAUGACCUUCCUGUUUCUUUCUAUAACAAUAUCAAUAGUGCAGGGAAACCUGGCCCUUUACUGCACCCACUCUCUGCACAUGGGGUCACAAUUCACGUACUUCAUCCUCGUCCUUCUGCUGGUAUCUAUAUGUACAAUGCCAAUAUGGCAGUUGGUGGUGACUCGCUACGGCAAGAAGACAGCGUACGCAUCUGGCAUGAUCAUAUUCAUCCCCGUGCUGAUUGUUCAACUGUAUCUACCGAAGAACAAUCCGUAUCUGUACUACACAACUGUAGCCUUUGCAGGUCUCAGUGUCUCAGUAUCAUUAUUGCUACCUUGGUCCGUGCUGCCAGACAUCCUGGACAUGUUCAUGCUGGAGAGGAAGACGAGGAAGGACGCCCUCUUCUACUCCUUCUAUGUGUUCUUCAACAAGUUUUCCGGCGGGAUGGGGCUGGCCAUAUCCCAACUUGCUCUACAAUUCGGGGGUUACAAAACGGGGGCCUGUGUUCAACCGGCAUCGGUUGACUUGACACUGCGCAUGCUCAUUGUGCCUGGUCCUGUGCUGUGUCUAAUAGUUGCUCUCCUGUUUCUGUGGAGCUACCCGAUUGAUGAGGUCAAACGCAGGCAAAUCAAGAAAGAUGUACACGAAAUUUUGACAGGAGCGACCAAGGCGACAACCCGGGAAGACAACGUACAAAGUAGCAUCGCCUACGAGAGUAUACGAGUCACGUCCAGCACGGAGUUCUGAUCACUCACUCAUUGGCUCUUCCAGUGGAGAAAUCUUCACUAUGGGCAUCUCGCUACAUAUCAUCGUUAUGAUCACAAAGUUGUUCGCAAACAAGACUUUACGCUCGCUCAAAGGUCAUGUUGUACAUUUAAAAUCGUGACAAACAUUUGGCAUAUCCAACAGCAUGACACAAAUAAGCGUUACAUAUAUAUGCGAGAACGGGUGAUACUGUCAUCAUUACAACACAAACGCUUUGUGCGUCACAAACUGUGUCAGAAAUAUGUACAUUGAACAUCAUGACACAACCACCUGGUAUAUUAGCGAGUGUGUGAGUUGGGUUUUACGCCGCUCUUAGCAAUAUUCCAGCAAUAUUCCAGCAAUAUCGCGGCAUGAGGGCAUCAAACGUCCUGACAAAAAAUGUGGUAGAUUAAAACAUCAUGACACAAACGCGUGGUUCAUUAAACAUAACACAAAC